AUGAUCACCAAAGUUUUCUACAUUACAGGCACUUCUUCUGGAUUCGGCAGAGAACUAGUUUUGGAUCUUGCCAGUCGCGGUCACAAAGUGAUCGCUACUGCAUUGUCCACCGACUGGAUUGAGGAUUUCGCCAAACUCGACAACGUUAAGACCCAGAAAGUUGAUGUGACAGAUUCGCCCACAAUUCUCCAGCAGAAGGUAGAGGAAGCCAUUACAUUCUUCGGCAAAAUAGACGUCCUCGUGAACAACGCUGGAUUCUCUCAAACUGGCUGCCUUGAAGAACUCAGCGAUGGCGAGCUGAGAAAGUCGUUCGACACCAAUUUCUUCGGCCCUGUCAACUUAACCAAGGCCAUACUCCCACACUUCAGAUCCACCGAGACGGAGAGCCUGAUCUGCACUGUCACCUCGAUGUGCGGUAUAGUCUCAUUCCCCAUGGCUGGUGCGUACGCAAGUACGAAAUUCGCUCUCGAGGGCUACUUUGAGGGACUGAGUAGCGAAAUGAAGAUGGUACAGGCACCCGUCAGAGUCCUGUGUAUCGCUCCGGGCGGGUUCAAGACUGAAUUGAUCGAUAACACCAAAAAGCCACAAAAUAUCCUUGAUGUUUACAGCCCAGCGAGAGUUUACAUGGAUAGUCUACUUAAGAAUAUGCAUGCUACCGGAGGUAUUCCUAAGAUCGGAGCCAAGCUGAUGAUAGAUGCAAUGCUGCAGGAGGGUUCUGCAGAGGGUAAAGAGAUACCUCUGCGCGUGCCGAUUGGAUCAGAUGGUGUCGACAUUCCCCUGGAUAAGUUCAAGAGUCAGGCGGAAGCUUAUGAGUCUUGGAGGUCAUUUGCCGCUGAGGCAGACUCUGCGAUGGAUGGAUGUAAUACGAAUUGUAAUUAA